CCAGCCAGUGACAGAUAUUAACGAUGAUGGUUAAAGCCGCCCUGAGCUUUGUGCUGGUCAUGGCUGCGCUGUGUGUGUCGGCGAGAGCUGCUCCCACCAAAGGCAGUGGGAAAGCAGACCAGGAGGGGGGCCGGGAGCGAGGCCGCUACCAACAUCAGCCAAAGUACACGCUGAGCUUCAGAGAGAGCCCCGGGAGCAGCGACUGGAGCCGAGGUCACAGCCAGGACCAGGGCCACGGCCAGGGACAUGCAGGCAUCAAAAGCCGGUCCAUCUCACCGUGGAUUUACAAGAACAAUUAUGACCCUGAUCGAUACCCAGCCACCAUCUGGGAGGCUCACUGCGUCCACUCACACUGUAUCAACGCCAGAGGCAAACUGGAUGAAGACCUGAACACACAGCGAGUCUGGCAGAGAGUGCUGGUCCUCAGGAGAGAGUCCAGCGCCAGCAAACUCAACUUCCUGGUGGAGGAGAUACCGGUACCAGUCGCCUGUGUGUGUGUCCGCGCUCGCGUUCUCCAGGCCUGAGCCUGAGACAGGUCACCAUCACCAUCAUCACCAUCAUCACCAUCACCAUCAUCACCAGGAGGAUUGUGCGUAGCUUGAGAUGAACAGUAUAAUUUAUUAAGUUAUGGUGUUAUGUUAU